AUGUUCCUCAAGUCCAUUGCCUCCCAAUUACGAGGCCCCUCCCUCGGCCUGCUCGCAGCGCUGAGCGUGUGUCUUGUCCUGAACCUGGGGGCUCUGCUCUUCUCCCUCCGCAUCUUGACCCGCGGAUCGCGAGCAUACACAUAUCUCGAAGGCGACCGGCCUCGAGAGCUCCCCAUCAAGGUUCGAACCAUACAAGCCGACUUCCACGACGACCUCGACCACUACGGGAUGGAUGGCAUCGCGGCCACAGCCGAAUGGAACGCGAUUCGUCCUCCCGGCAAAGGCUUUGUCUUUCUGGGGGAGGAGCACUACGCCUUCGGCGUGUCUAUGUGGCAUCAGAUGCACUGCCUAAAUCACAUCCGCGCUGUUAUCGUCAACGGGGACGACGGGUCGGAUCAUACAUGGCACUGUUUUCAUUACCUGCGCCAGGGCAUUCUCUGCGCUGCCGACACGACUCUAGAGGCAGGCGGUACUAGCAAGAAACUGCCUAAUGGUGAUAAAGUCGCUACGGGCGGAGGAACUGUGCAUACCUGCCGGGACUGGAGACAGGUGCACGAUUGGAUGGAGAGCGAGCAUGAGAAGUGGACACCCGAGAUGUAUGAAAGGAUCAAGGAGUCCAGUUUAUAG